UGUUGCCGCCUCUGAGACACAAUCACGCAUCACACAGUAGCAGCAGCAGCAGCAGCAGCAGCAGGGCGAGAGCAUCCCUCCAUCCCCCCAUCCGUCUCUGGGACAACAAAGCUGUUCUGUCUGGUAAAUUAUUGAAGCGCUUUUUCCCUCUCCUUUCUAUUAUUAAACGCAAUCAAAAGCCGUACGGACGCCGAGAGCGACCAAAAGCGAUAUCUGGGUGUGGAGGACCGUGUCAGCACCUCGGACAGAGACCAUGGCUCCAAUGGUGGAGGAAGGAGCUCAGCUUGUGGCAGUGCCGGUGGGUGUUGCUGUGGUGAGCGUCUUCGGCCUUGUCUUCACUGUGUCAGCCUUUGCAUGGAUCUGUUGCCAGCGCAAAAACACCAAAUCCCAGAAGACGCCUCCCUACAAGUUUGUGCACAUGCUCAAAGGAGUUGACAUCUACCCAGAGAGCCUCAGUGGCAAGAAGAAGUUUGCUGCAUCUGCCACCACAACAGCUAACGACACCAGUAAAACUGAUGUCAAUGGAAACUGCCACACCGCGUCGCCACUGAGUCCGACUGGCACCGGUAAACCGGCGUCAAGUCCAAAUGGCACCAGACCGGCUCUACAUCUGGAUCUGGAGAAGCGGGAUCUGAAUGGCAACUUUACCACCAAACCGUUUCAUCACCACCACCAGAAGGUGCGGAGCUCCCCGGACCUGGAGCUGCCCUCUCCCCAUGCAGGGUUCACCCAACCCGGUGUGAUGGACCGCCGUGAUCUCCCUUCUCCAUCCAGCACCCUCUCCAGCCAGGCACCCACCCCGGCUGUGGACCGGCCCCAGGGAGAGGAGAAGGAGGGCGGGCUGGGGACCCUCCAUUUCUCCCUGGAAUAUCAACCAGAGAGGAAGGCUUUCAUUGUCCAUAUCAAGGAGGCACAUGGUCUGACCCCAACUGAUGAGCAGUCAUUGACCUCUGACCCCUACAUCAAGCUGACACUGCUGCCAGAGAAGAAGCAUCGCGUGAAGACCAGAGUCUUACGGAAGACUCUAGACCCCGCCUUUGACGAGACCUUCAGCUUCUACGGGAUACCGCUGGCCCGAGUGUCGGAGUUGGCCCUCCACUUCAUGGUUCUGAGCUUCGAUAGGUUCUCUCGCGACGAGGUCAUCGGAGAAACCUUGGUACCUUUGUCUGGGAUCGACUUGACCGAGGGCCGUGUCCUCAUGAGCCGAGAGAUCAUCAAGAGGAAUGUUAAGGUAAGAUCUGGAGCAAAUGUUUGAACACUUUGUGGUGCA